AUGGUCUCCACGCCCAGUCCACCCAAGCCCAGCAGCUUGACUGGCAAGCGGCGCAAGCGGUCGGCACCCCCUUCGCCCUCUUCGCCCCAGUCGACCUCUACGGCGCAGCGCACGAGCAUGGUCGAGGGCCUGCGGAAGAAGUCGAAGCUUCUUCCCAAGGCAGACGAAGUACCCCAACUCCCCGUCCCGCAAGGCCUCGGCCUCAACCUUACCCCUCACCAACAGCAAGAGCUGCUCGAGAUCACACUCGACUCUCUCAGCGUCAUUAAUCGCUUCCGCGAGUUCUGGCGAGGAGUUGAGCAGCCUUCGAGCCAGGCUGAGGCGGCAAGUGAUGAGCCGCUCAUCGACCUCCUCUCCUCUCCCGAGGAGACCGAGCCCGCACCACCUCCCCCCCCCCUCCUUCCCCCCCUUUCCUCACUAUCCUUUUUACACCUCGAAGCCGCAGCACUGGCCAGCACAAGGCUGUCUUCGGUGUGCACCCCGCAGCGAUCGCUACAGCAACCGCCCCCGGCCGCGGCGCCAAAGCCCGCCCCCGAGAACAAGAGCCGAUUGACGAAGGAGGAGAUCAUCGCGAAGCAGGUCACGUGCCUUAGAGAGCUCCUCUCGGGGAAGGAGGAGAUCACUUUGACAAAGAAGGACUCGCGUGCCCGAGUCUGCCGAGAUGAGCCGGUCGUGAAGAAGAUCUCGGACCUGAUGAAGGACCCUCCCGGCCCACCUCCGGUAAUCGCGAUCCCGGUGCCCCGCGAGAAGAUCCCGAACGGGUUCGAGAAGGGCCGCCUCGUCAAGUUCCACUCGUUCGGAAACCCCCAUCUCCGACCCCGAGGAAUCUUCUCCUUCACCGCCGACGACAUCCCCGAGGGCGCUGAGCGGCAGUGGAAGCGAUUCCUUCUCUGGCUCACGAUCGCUGGCCAGUACCUCAGAAGGGCCAUCGCGGCGGAGAAGGCGGCGGAGAAGGCCCGGCGCUCGGCCGAAGACACCUCGUCGACGGCCCAGACAUCGAUCCCGUGCGCGCACGGCCCACGUCGAGCGCGUCAACGAGCGCCCAAGGUCCCGCGUAUCCCGACAACACCGCGUCUGAGGAAGGCAGCAAGCCGUCUAAGGAAGAACAGCGACAAACAGGCAGCCUGCCUGAGGCAACUUCUGGCAGGCACUAGAGAAGUCACGAUCAACCGCAGGGAUGCCCGCGCGCGCAUCUGUCGGGACACCGACAUUAUGCGGGACGUCUCUGACCUGAUGGGCGACGACCCGCCCGGCGCGGUGCCCGUCAUCUCCAUGCCAAUCCCGAGGGAGAAGCUCUCGAAGUCGUUCGAUACUGGACGCAAAGUGCGCGUCCUACUCACGGACGAGUACCUCAGCUCGAUUAAGGAGGACAACAUCGCGCAAUACACCAACUCGCGCUCGCACGAGCUGCGGGUCGUCAUCAUCGGACCUCGGGGCUUCAAGGUAGCAGAGUUCACUCCAGCCGAAGUUCCCUCUAGUGCUGAGCGGCAAUGGCGCCGGUUCAUGCUCUGGCUCGGGGUUGCAUGUGAAUGCCUCCGAGACGUCAUUGCCGCUGAGGAGGCGGCCGCCGAGGCCGAGGCCGAUGCAGAGCGCAACGAAGAGGCUGCGCCCUCCCCACCCCCCAGCACGCGCAGCUAG